CGUACACAUGGAACAGAGGUUUCGAUGUUAGACCGCGUUCUGGAACAGGAUGCUCUCCCCCGACGAGGAGCGCAUCGCGUCCGCCGUCGCCGGCAGCUUCGGGCGCCACCUCGUCCUCGCCUUCUACUCGUCCCCAUCGCAGACUUCGAUGGCGGACACCUCGCCGGAGAGCUGGGUUGACGCCCUCACCACGCGGAAGGGCCAGAGGGCGAUCCGCAGAUGGGUCGAGGUUUUCACGGCCACCGCAGUCGGCGUCUUCAUAGACAAGACCAUCCACAUCAACACCUACGACCAGCUCUUCGCCGCCGCUACCAACCCCACAUACGGCGCCCGGCUGCAAGAGCUUUUCGUUGCACUCUGCAGCGCCUCCGUAGAGACACUGGUGAAGACAUCCCAUGGCGUACUGUCCAGUGCCAACGGUACCGGUGGAAAUGCUAAUGCCAGUGCCACCUCCGGCAGCAGUGGUGGGUUUGCGGUUGGGGAAGGGUGGGUGGAGACUCUGUCAAGCGCGCUGGUGGUGCCGAGCAACCGCAAAUUCGUUCUGGAUUUGACGGGCAGGGCGACAUUUGAGGCAGUGCGGUCGUUCCUUGAGUUUGUGCUGUGGAAACUGCACGCCGGCACAAGGGCUGGAGGUGAUGCCAGAGUUGGGGCUGGAUUGCGUGCCUUGAGGCAUAUGAGUGAUAGGUCCAUGGUAAUUGCCACGAUCUGCAUAGCAUUGUGCUUGCAUAUCUUGAAUGGCACAUGGCUCUUGGUGCCGGCUUGAGCCUUGGAUUCCCUAGUUCUGGUUGAUGAUUGUACAGUUUAUAUUUUAUAUGUCACACUGCUUGUGUGAUUGUGUACGAUUAACUGAGAAUAGUAUAUACAAAAGCUGUAAAUUCGAAAUAUAGAAGUGGUGGAGAUGGGGAAUGGGAAAGGAAUUUUAGAUAAAUGAUUCCAAGGUUUCUUGUGUAAUAACUCUGGCCGUACAUUCAAUUAAAAGGAUAAUGUGUUGAUAUGCUUUUCUCC